GCUAGAGAGAGACAUGGAGAACAAGCAUUUUAGCCACAACGAUGGGCUAGUUUUUCACCAGCUGCCACAAGGCACUGAAAUCCAUUUUUCCUGUUGCAAAACUCCAGGGUCUGGCUCGAUUUACGCGUGUUGGCAGUGCCGUUACUUCCUCCACGAGCAAUGUUUUCGAGCAACUCGCUCGAUGAAGCACCCUUCUCAUCCUCUGCAUCCCUUAACUUUAGUGCCUUUUCCAACAUAUCCCUCUAAUUCAUUUUUCUGCAAUUCAUGCAAUCUCGCAGGAAAUGGCUUUUCUUAUUGUUGUUCUAAAUGUGACUUUGAUAUGCAUGUCCACUGUGCUUAUAAUCCAGUAAACCCUCCUGUUAAUUCCCCGAAUUUCGCAGUCGAAACUCAAAAUGUUAAUCCUCAUUCUGCACCCAAUUUGCCUCAAAAUAGUACCUAUCCCUCCGUUCAAAACAACCCUUAUCCGAAUAUUCCUUUUCCUAAUCCAACAGUGCCAAAUUUUAUGAAUCCAACACCACCGGCUUCUAUGUAACAAAAUUUCCCAGCUUCCUAUCACUAUCUUUUGACCUAAAAAAUUUGAAGAUAGCAACUACGUAACCGCCUCCUUGUCUAGUCGCACUUCUAAAGUGUUCUUCAGGCCAGAGGAAGAAGAACAAAAAUAUGACUAGGGUUUUUAAUUCCGCCACUUCUUUUAAUUUUCUGGAAUGUUUAUGUAUCUCAAACCUAUGUACUUUUUAAAUCUUUUUCACUAUGGACAUGUUUUAAUGUCUUAUGGGUAAAAUUUUAGCUAAUUUUGCUUUGA